AGUAGGUGGCGGUAUACACCUACACGCAGAAGAAGACGGAGAUUUGGUCGUAGUUCCGCUGGUGCAUUUGAUUUGGACCCGUGGUUUUCUCGUGUUUAAGUUGGAAGUAAAUUAAGCGCAUGAAAUUACAUAUUUAUUAUAUUUUGUAAUGAUCACUUUCAAUCUGUCUAGCUAUAGCUAGAAUAAAACUCACAACCUUGGCUAGGAUAUAUUUAUUCCUUGGAUAUAGACUACAGCUCACGUUACCACGUUACGCUUGCUAGCAUUGUAAUUCAUCUACGCUGUUUGCAGUUCCGCUGGCGGUCACACAUUUAGCUUCGAAAGGUUUGCUAUUCGUCACCCGGCUAAGUCGUCCACCUGACCCCAAUCACGCAAGUACAGAGGAGUGCAGAGAGAGAUGAGGCUGGAGCUUAGUCGUGUGCUGCAGCAGUGUCGGCGAGGGGUCCUGCUGGAUUUGGGGCUUGGUGGGGAGCACAGGAUGGAGCUGCCGGGCUGCCUGCUGUACACCCGCUGCGGAACCGUCCCGCACCUGACCCACCACACACUGUGCACCCUGAAACACCUGCCUGCCGUCACCCAGAUCACCCUGGACUCGUUGGCGGAACACCAGGAGGUACUAGAGGAGUUCCAGGAGGGAGUCGGCAGGUUUGCAGGUCUCAAGGACACAGUAAUAUUCAGUUCUCUCCAUGACUCGGCAGCACCCCACCCGCCAGGGUACAGUACAAACAAGACGGUGUCCGUGUGGGGUUCAGGUGGUCGGAUAGAGCUGACCGUGGCUCAGUACAUGGCGCUGCAGAAGGCUAUCAGGCCGCACUGGUACCAGAGCAUGGCCGACGGAGACACGCGGCAACCCAACGCAACCCGCAAGAAGGUCUGCAGGGCCGUGGACCGAACGCUCAGCCAUCUGGACGAGUGCCUGUCUCUGCAUCUGAAAACAGAGGAACUGAGGGGGACGGAGAUAUUUGGGGUGGUGGAGGGGGGCAGUGUGCUGGAGGAGAGGGUGCGGUCGGCGCGUGAAACGGCCAAGAGGCCGGUGGGGGGCUUUGUCCUGGACGGCUUCCACACCGAGGCCAUGAGCCAGGAGCUACGCGGCCAGCUCGUCGCCGCGGUGAUCAAGGAGUUACCUGAGGACAAACCCAGGGUUCUCCUGGGGGUGGGCCACCCAGAUGAAGUACUGGCGUGUGUGGAGGCUGGGAUUGACCUGUUUGAGGGCUUCUUCCCCUUCCAGGUGACAGAGCGUGGCUGCGCUCUUGGCUUCAGCUACACUCUUGACCCCGACCCCGAGAGCACAGUGUUUGAGAGAAACGGGACGGAAGUGGAGGAAAUUCCAGAACACAGAGGGGGCGAGAAUGUGGAGAUCCAGGAGCAGAUGACCCGAUUUGAAAUCAAUUUGAAAGACAAAAGAUACCAGGAUGAUUUUCGCCCCCUGGUGGUCGGUUGUGGCUGCUACUGCUGCAGGAAUCACCAGAGGGCGUACCUGCACCACCUGCUGAUGACCAAUGAACUGCUGGCAGGAGUGCUGCUAAUGGUGCACAACCUGGAGCACUACCACGGUUUCUUCUGCUCCCUACGGGGGGCGCUAGAGAGUGACCGGCUGGACGCACUCAAGAGAACGGUCCUACAGGGGAGGGUUUGAGGAGUCUGUAGGGUAGAAGAAACAUUGUCUAUUCAAUCCCUUGAUGUCAUUUUGCUGGGGUUUUUUUUUCUUCUUUUAUUCCUUCCUACGAUUUUGGAAUGCCAAAUCGUAUAUCAGCGCUCAUUAUCGGAUGCUACGUUAUCACUUCAGGAGGGCACAGACAAGCACAUGCUCUCCUCAGAAACAUGGGAUGAUAACAAGCAGCACCUAUCACAAUGGAGUUUUGCAAGUUGGGCUUACACAGAGAUGAGGCAGAGGAAGGUGCUUCAUGCUCAGCUUUAAAUAAAGGACACGCAUGUACAAAAAGUCAUCAUUUUUAUUUCAAAAUUAUUGUGGAUUUGUGAAAAUGUAUCAAGGCUUAUUACAGGCACUCUGAGAAAAACGCAAAAAUUGGCAAAACAAGGCGAAACACCAAAAUGGAAAAAGUAGUUAAAUGCAAAGUGCAAGUCAUUUCUUCAGUCAUAAAUUCAUGUCGCUUCUCCCUUCCUCUGCUCUUGCUAUUUGGUCUGUGCUUUUACAAACAUACUCUCCCUCUUGUCUUACUCAUCAAUUCUGCAGGGAAUGUGUCUGAGGGGGGGGGGGGGGUUUGUUAAGAAAAUGGGCCUACAUCCCAGAGCCUACAUCCCAGUGAUGGGAGUAAUUUUUAUUUUUAAGUUCAAACACCUGAUGGCAUCGUCUCUGGACUUUCUAGCGUUUAACAGUAGGCAAAACGCAUGGGCUAAAUGGCUAGACCUCACAGGACAGACAUCACAGAAAAAUGUUGUGUGUUUAUUUCAUCAGUGUAUGGGGUCUAAGAUAUCCAGGGGUCCGAAAACCUACCAAAACCUCUCCAAAAAUGAAUAAAAUGCCAUUUAAAAUGUC